GUAUAUUAAUUUUCUAUUCGUUUUAUACGCGUCGAUCUAAGCGUUCGGAGGGCAUUCGUUUCGGACGUCGCGAUCGCGUUCCAACGUCCUCUCAUCGCACUCGUCAUAUUCGGUAUUUACAUUAUUAUUUCUAUCGUUUUAUAGACUGUCAACAGUCACCUAACGUAGGUAUAUCAUAAUAUCAUACGCCACCGUAGUCGUCUUAAGCUGCGUCGACGGCCGUCACCGGGGUCCCGUCUCUAUACUCAGUCGUUACCGGUCUCUCACGCCAUUCGGUCAACACGAUAUAGUAUUAUAAUUUAUAGUAAAAUACCCAUCGCGUUUCCGACUCGGCUUUUCGUGUCGGCCCAAGGAAAAUGUCACUUUCCGCUUGCGGUCUCGCCGUUAUCGCGUGCGUCGCGGUGGUAGUAUUGCAAUGUGCCGUCGAUUCGACUGACGCUUUGCCAACCACAGAUCUAUCGCUGCAGUCAUCUACACCGCUGUCGCUGUCAUCGAGAGACAUCGAAGACGAAGUACUCGGCACGAGUGCCCUGACCACUACGUCAACCGGUGUAGUGGUUGGUGAUUAUGCGGUCAAGGAUACGGCUUUGGUGGACAAUGAAAAGGGCCACAUUAAACCUAUCAAGAAAAAGAAACCUUUGGGCAAACACAAGAAGAAAAAGCAUUCGUUUAAAGAUAAAUUCUUGCCUCUGCUUUUAAUACCAUUUGUUAUUCAAACAAUGCUAAUACCAUUUUUCAUAAUGAAACUGAAAUUGUUAGCUUUGAAAGCAAUGGCAGUGGGCAAGUUCGCAAUUUUGUUGAUCGCUUUUAAUAUGAUGCGCAAUUGGUCACAAAAUGCACACAGUACUUCGAUUCGUGGCUCAUCUGGGGAUUCAUUGCUCAUGGCUCAAAAUUACGGUUUCAACGGUGUUCCGGAGUUCGGAGCAAUAUUUAAUGGCCGUUAGUAACUGACCGACUUUUUGUAAUGCUUUAUAAUUUAUUAAAUUUAUAAUUUAAUGCUCUCUGCACACGUUCGACAUCGGACGUAGUGCUAAAUCAACGUAAGACUAUUUAUGAACAAAAUCACCAAUGAUGUAUUAUAUAUUAUAUUAAUGAAUGUAAUAUUUCGUAAGGUACAUUACCUACAUUUUAUUAUAUAGUAUUUUAUCAUUAACCAUGUCUCAAAAUUAGAUUCAAUUUAUGUUAUUUUGUGCCUUAUAUCUAUAUUAUAAUAUUGUCAUAAUUAUCAUAAGUUAUAGAACUAUUAUAUAAUAUUAUAUUUUACAUUUUGUAUGUAUAUUACCACUAUGUGGCAUGUAUAACUAUCGGUGUAUAAUUAUUAUUUUGAUAAUUUAAUAAAUUAAAAUACGAAUAAAUAACAAUAAUUAUUAUAAACAGGAAGGUACGCAAGUAUUUAUGUCUAUAUUUACUGACUCACUAUUAGACAGAGCUAUUAGCUAUAUACAAUGUCUUUUUUUAUAUAAAUUGUGAAUAAAUAUACAUUUUGAAUCGGUUAGCGAC